GAAUCAAUCAAUAGUGAGAGUAACACUGACGUACGUAUAAAUCAACCAACCCCUUCACUCCAUAUUUCUCUUUCUUCCUAGAUUUUAAUUAACUCUCUCACAAUUUACUUCAAUGGCAACAACAUCACCAUUCUUGUCCCUUCUUCUCUUCUCUCUCUUUUUCUUCUUCUCCUCCGCCACCACUUUCUCCACCACCAACCGCCGCAUAAAAAAAGUCGAAUACUUAAAACUCCCAUUACUCCAUAAAGACACAUUUCCCUCAAAUCCUUCACAAUCACUCUCUUCUGAUAUCCACCGUUUAAACACCCUUUACUCCUCCCUUCUCCACCGUAGCGCUAAGCUCCCGCUAACUUCCGGUGCUUCCUCCGGCAGCGGACAGUACUUUGUCGAUCUCCGACUAGGUACGCCACCGCAACGCCUCCUUUUAGUGGCCGACACAGGUAGUGACCUUGUUUGGGUAACUUGUUCCGCCUGCCGUAAGUGCACGCGCGGCCGUGGCAACUCAGCAUUCCUCGCACGCCACUCUUCAACUUACUUCCCUUACCAUUGCUACGACAAGAAAUGUAACCUCGUACCAAAACCAAAAGGUGUCGCGUGUAACCACACGCGCCAACAUAGCCCGUGUAGAUACGAAUACUCUUAUUCGGACAAGUCGGAAACUAAAGGUUUCUUCUCAACUGAAACGACGACGCUGAAUGCCAGCUCAGGUAGUUCAGUUAAGUUUAAGAAAUUAUCAUUUGGUUGUAGUUUUCAAGCAUCCGGUCCAAGCAUAACCGGUCCGAGUUUUAAUGGUGCACAAGGAGUUAUGGGUUUGGGCCGCGGUUCAAUUUCAUUAGCGAGUCAACUGGGCCGCCGGUUCGGUAACAAGUUUUCUUAUUGCUUAAUGGACUAUACAUUAUCUCCAACUCCAACUAGUUAUUUACUAAUCGGACGGUCAAACACGGUCAACGCUUCGAAAAUGAGUUACACCCCAAUGAUAAAUAAUCCGUUUACUUCGACGUUUUAUUAUAUUGGAAUCGAAAGUGUUUAUAUUGAGGAUGUGAAAUUACCGAUACGCCCUUCGGUUUGGGCAAUUGAUGAGUUAGGUAACGGUGGGACCGUUAUAGAUUCAGGGACAACAUUGACAUUUCUCGCCGAGCCGGCUUAUAGGCGUAUAGUUCGAGCGUUUAAGCGGCUCGUCAAGCUGCCCAAAGCCGAUGAUAAGACUAUGGGGUUUGACUUGUGUGUUAACGUGUCGGGUGUGGUGCGACCGAGUUUCCCAAAGAUGAGUUUUAAACUGAGUGGUGGCUCGGUUUUGUCACCGCCACCCAGGAAUUACUUUAUUGAUACGGCGGUGGACGUUAAAUGCUUGGCAUUGCAGCCGUUGACCGCGCCGUCGGGGUUCUCGGUUAUUGGAAACCUAAUGCAACAAGGGUUCGUGUUUGAAUUCGAUAGGGAUCGAUCGCGAAUUGGUUUUUCCCGGCGUGGUUGUGGCAAGCCAUGAUAACUCGGUGGCUCACCGAGUCUUGGAGUUUUUUUUUUUUUUUUUUUUUCAUUUUUGGUUUUGGGAGGUGGGGUACAUUUUUUUUUCCUGUGGAAAUUAAUAUAAAUCGAUUUGUUGUUGUGAAUUGUGUUAUAAAAUAUAAUUGUACUAUUCUUGUCGUUUUUAUACGAAACGGCCAAAGAUAUGUUGGAGAGAGGAAGAUAUAAGGGACAAGAUGUUUUUGUUG